AUUCGUGUGCAAGGAAUAAGGAAUUAAUAUUGGUGUUCUGAUCCAUCUCCUCGAGCCCGAGAGAAUCUUGGGAACUGCUGGCCGGCUCAUGGCUUCCCGUGCAUUGCUUGUGGACGUGCACACUCACCUGUACCUGCCAAGAUAUGCCUCCCUCCUGAGGCAACGAACCGCAGUUCCUCUAAUAAAAUCGAGGUCGGAUGGUGAUCGUUUGGUCAUAUUGGAGAACGAGCCUAGUGGGGGACGGCCCGUUGGACCACAGUAUUGGGAUCGAGACCAGAAACUGGCUUUCAUGGACAAGCACAACAUCGAUAUAUCAGUUGUGUCCACGGCAAAUCCAUGGCUGGACUUCCUUUCGCCGAGCGAGGCAACUUCAAUGGCUCAGGCUCUCAACGAAGAUUUGGAUGACUACUGUGCUACGGGGCCAAACUUAAGCUUAAGUGGCUCUGCAACUCUCAAGCGCCUUUAUGGGCUGGGCUUGCUCCCAUUAGUGCCUCGCGUUAGCACGGAAAGCGUGCUCGACGAGAUCGACAGGAUAGCAGCACUUCCCCACUUGCGCGGUCUAAUUAUGGGGACUCGUGGUUUGGGGAAAGGUCUCGAUGACGCGGAACUGGAACCAAUAUGGGCUCGUGUCGCAGAGAAGCGUGUCGUGAUUUUCCUCCAUCCCCACUACGGCGUUGGUCCGGGUGUCUGGGGCGAGAAAGACAAUGGGCAUGUCCUUCCCUUAGCCCUCGGAUUCCCAUUCGAGACCACCGUAGCUACGACUAGACUCAUUUUGGCAGGGGUGUUCGAUCGCCAUCCCGAACUCAAGUUGCUGCUGGCACACUCUGGAGGCGCAUUGCCUCAGCUUUCCUCUCGUUUGGCAUCUUGCAUUGUGCAUGAUCCUGUUGUGGCCUCGCGCCUGAAACACGAUGCGCGCUGGUAUCUCGGAAAACUUUAUUUCGACGCCGUGGCUUAUGGUUCCGAAGAGCUCGAUUUUGUGUCAUCGACCGUCAGUCGUGCUGUCAGAUAUGAUACCCAUUCGUCCGAAAGUCUUGUUGGGUCCUCUCACAUGAUGUUUGGCACCGAUCAUCCAUUUUUCCCGCCGAUUGACGCGGAGAAAGGCAUGGAAAAAUGGAUGAGUGUCGUAGAAAAUCUCAAAGCCAUUGAUGAUGUAGGUUCGUGGAGCGAUGCUGAGAAGGAUGGAGUGAAAGGAUCCAAUGCGUUGAACUUGUUUGGCAUACAAUCAUAGACCCACUGUGUUUGCAGCUAAUUAGCUCUUGGAACCCACUAUGCUCGUUCUACGAUAGGUUUUGGGAUCUGAAUUUUCAGACUAAAAUCUAUGUGUUGCACAGUCUGAUGUACGGCACUUGUGCUCAGGAUGUCAAUGGGAUUCACAGCCCUGGAUCGGAGGUUGCUUUCCUCGAUCCCACCACUGGUCUCUAGUAAAAACUUCCGUUUCCCCG